GAGCGGAAGUGGUGUUGCUCAGCAAAAUGGCGGCGUUCAGGGAGAUCCUCCAGCGCCUGGAGGUCGCCACAGCGCAGCCCGAGCGGCUCCUCAGUGUACAGGAUGGUUUGGCGUCAGACUUCACUGCUCUCACUAAGACGCUAUAUGACUUUCAGAAGGCUCAGGAGGAGGCUGGUCCGGCAGGUAGUCCUUUAAAGGAACUUGUGAUAGAACACUUUGAUGAAGAACAAAUCUGGCAGGAACUCGAGCUGCAGAACAAUUCUGUCUUAAACUACUUCAGAAAAGCAGUGGCUGUUGUGGGUAGAGAUACAACAAUUAGACUUAUUUCAGAGAAGGAAAAACCUGCCGAGGAAAAGCUUGAACCUAAGGGGUCUGUGGAAGAUGAGGGUGAGAAAAAUGAAGAGGUGCAGUUGAACAAGAAUGAAAACAAAACAGAAAGCGGUACAAGUGAAGAAUUCAGUGCAGAAGAUUCUGACUUAGAUUUUGACAUUGAUGAACUUCAGAAACAGACGAAAGUACCCCAGAGAAAAAGUCAGAAAAAUGCUCCCGAAUCUGCAGUGGAUGAUACGUUUUUUAAGCUUUCAGAAAUGGAAGCUUUCUUAGAGAAAGUGGAGAAGGAAGACGGGAAGAAAAGGAAAGAUGAAGAAGACGAAAUAAAUUAUUUUGAAGAUAUUCCUUCUGAUGAGGAUGAGGUGAAAAAAUCGAAAACAAAUUCAAAGAGUUCCAGAAAUUUGAAGUACAAACAUUUCUUUGACCCUGUGGAGGGUAAUGCAAGUAUGACUGAAAAUGGUGGCCAGGAUAAAGAAAAUGAUGAGGAAGAGAAGCAACCAGGCGCAAAUGAAUUUGAAGAUUUUGAAGAUGAUGCAGAAGAAAUGUUCGAAGAUGAAGAACAGGCGAUGGAGGAGACUGAGGGAAGCAAAGAAGCCAAGGAGGCCCUGAAGAAAGUUACCUUUGACCUGUCGGAUGAGAGCGAGGGAGAGGAACUGUCUGCUGUUUUGGGAGGACAGGACACACAGGAAGAAGAAAGCAAAUCAUCCUUUGAAAAGCGCCAAGCAAAGCUGAAGGAGAAGAUGGAAAAUCUGGAAAGGGCAGCCUUAGGGGAGAAGCCCUGGCAGUUGAUGGGCGAGGUGACCUCACAGAAACGGCCUGAGAACAGCCUGCUGGAGGAACACCUCCUGUUUGAUCAGACAGCCAGGAAAGCUCCAGUGAUCACAGAAGCUACCACGCUUGAGCUAGAAGACCUCAUUAUACAGAGGAUUAAAGAUCAGGCCUGGGAUGAUGUUGUACGUAAGGAAAAGCUGAAGGAAGAGACCUUUGAGUACAAGAAGCGUUUGACCCUGGACCAUGAGAAAAGCAAGCUGAGUUUGGCUGAAGUCUAUGAAAAGGAAUAUCUAAAGCAAACCCAGCAGCAGACAGAGGCUGAGGAGAAUCCGCAGCAUGUGGAGGUGCAGAAGAGGAUGGAUUCACUCUUCCUCAAACUGGAUGCACUUUCCAACUUCCACUUCACACCCAAACCACCUGUACCUGAAAUUUCAGUUGUUUCCAACCUCCCAUCUAUUCAAAUUGAAGAAGUUGCACCUGUGGGUACCAGCGAUGCCAACCUACUGGCUCCUGAGGAAAUCAAGGAGAAGAACAAAGGUGGGGAUGUGAAAGGAGAUACGGAAAAAACAACGACAGAUAAGAAGCGAGAGAGAAAGAAGAAGAAGAAGAUGAAAAGCUUGCGAAUGAAAGAGAAAGAAAAACGCAGGAAGUUACGGGAGGAACAGAAUCCAAGUCUCAGCAACAAGCUGUCCAGAGCAGGCGCUGCCGAGAAACUGAAGAAACUUACCCGGGACGGCAAAACUACCCUGCUGAAGGAUGACGGGAAGGAUAAGGCUUUGCGCACCUCCCAAGCCUUUUUCUCCCAACUCCAGGAUCAAGUCAAGAUGGAGCUGAAAGGAGCAAAGAGCAAGAACAACAAAAAGAAGCGAGGUGCAGAACUUUCUGCCAGCAGGUUAAAGCUUUAAGUCUGAGGUCACUUGUCCAGUUCCUGUACAUACCCAUUCCAUUAUACAGUGGACUCUACUGCACGUACCCAACACAAACGUUGUUUGUUAAACUUAUUUUCCAAUAAAAAGUAACGAUCUUUUUUAUGCUA